GAGGAAACUACUACAAGAGUCAUCUCCCCGUCGUCGGUAGGAGAAACUAUUCUCAGAAAUUAGCAAUUUUUGUUUUUUUACCGACAUAGAUUAUUUUUUUACCAUUAAAUUUUUUUUUUAAAUAAUCAUUUUUUUGUGUGUGUGUGAAUUUGGGCCUUGAGCGGUGUCUUUGUUAAAGGCCGUAGUAUAUUAUAAUAAUUAAAUCGUGCUUUUUAAAAUUCAACAUAUUUAAUUUAUAAUUGAACUGUUUUUUGUUGCAACGCUAACCAAGCUUUAUUUUAAAAAAAAAAAACAAAACAAAAAAACAAACAACAUAUUCAUAUGGACCGACCUUGAAGAAAUAGACAAUAUUUGACACGCCCCACUAAACUAAACAUUUUGAAAUAAAGAUAAUUAAGCAGGUAGAUUAUUUGCAACGUUUUCUGUGUUCCAGUUUACACGUGUAUUUUUCACAGGUAAAAUGAAAGAUGAAACGAUCAAGGAUGAGUUUGCAGAAAAUUUUCUUCAAUCUUUUCAUAGAGCAGCCAUGGGGCAUUUGCUUGUGAAUAUGCUGGGAGAAGGGGUGGGUAGAACUGUGAAUAUGCUGGGAGAACGGGUGGGUAGAACUGUGAAUAUGCUGGGAGAAGGGGUGGGUAGAACUGUGAAUAUGCUGGGAGAAGGGGUGGGUAGAACUGUGAAUAUGCACAAAGGGUGGGGGCAGGUGUAGUGAUACUGUCGGUGUGCUAAGGGAAGUGGUGGGUAGAAUGUGGAUAUGAUGGGCACCAGGGGUGGGUAUAACUUUAAAGAAAAUUAAAAUAUAUACGCUAAUUCUGAUUUUACUCAUGACUAGGCCUAUUUAUUUUUUUUGUUUGCUUUCAAAUUUAGAUAUUUUAUUUCAUUCAAAAGAUCGUUCUUAAAUAAAAUACUCAUAAAAUACAUAUUAAAUUUGAAUUAAUAAAAUUUGUUUGAUUGUGGGAAAUUGUAAGGUGUUUUUUCAAUUCAUUGUACACAUGUCCGUGAUUAAUUACGAACAAUAAAAAAUAAAGUAUAUAACACUAUUUUCCACUCCCCCAUAGAAUCUGCUGUGUGUUCUUUUCUAAGUAGUGCAAUAGUGCAAUUAAGACUUGUGAACUGAGCCCGUAGAUUGCAAUGUAUAAAAAAUGUAUAUAAAAACUAACACAAAAGAAGCGUAACAAUACUAUAGAAUAAAAGAAGACAGAUAAAAUAAACAUUUAAAAUGAAUGAAAGUUAAACUAAACACUUAACACUGUGCCUUACAGAUAUCAGCAAUGAUGAGUUCAGACUCUUCAGACUACGGAGUUGGAUUUCGUGUGGUCCGUGGCCCGGAUUGGAAAUGGGAGAACCAAGAUGGCGGUGAAGGGUUUUUAGGGACGAUCACGGAGAUUGGUGGACCGGGUCUGACGCAGCCUCCGAUCAAAGGCGUCAACGUCAUUUGGGACAACGGUUGCAAGAACUUGUACAGGGCUGGCCUCGAGGAAAAGUUUGACUUACGUGUCUAUGAUAUCGCUUCAGAUGGUAUGGAACAAUAAAAAAAAAAGACCAUAUUUUUAUACCCGGUGUUCUGACGACAAUUUAAAUGUUAUUGUUAAAAAAGCAAGGAAUACAAAAAAAAAAAAAAAAAAAAAAAAAAAAAAAAAAAAAAAGGAAUUACAGCAAUGGCUUAAGGCAUAUUUUUAAUGAAUCAUAAAUCAAGAUAUUUUGAAUAGAUCUUAUUUAAAUCGUAGGCUACCUAGAUCCUAUCAAAUUGUCAUCAACUAUCUUUUUUACUAAUAGAUCAGGGGUUCUCAACCUUCCUAAUGCCACGACCCUUUAAUACACUUCCUCAUUUUGUGGCGACUCCGCUGACCUAGAUCGUAUCGAAUUGUCUUCAAAAAUAAUACACUACCUAGAGCGUAUACAACUUCUUCAAAUAUUUUAUACUUUCAAACCCGCAAUUGUUUGGCAUGUUAAUAUUUCAGUGUAUAUAUAUUGUUUGUAUGUUUAUUGUAAACACUCUUACUCAGGAACACAACAUGAGUCUGUGAAGUGUGACGGUUGCAGCGCCGAGACUAUCCGAGGAAUCCGAUGGAAGUGCUCCGAAUGUCAAAACUCAAAUCUCUGUUCGCAGUGCUACAGCAACGACAAGCACGAUGUCAACCAUCAGUUCCUGCGCUACGACAGUCCUGAGCCGAAAAAGUAAAAUAUGUCAUCUUUCUAACAAUUUUGUAAAAUUAAUAUCGUACUAUGCUUAAAUAGCUCUGAGACGGGAAACAUUCCAUAAUUUAUAUAUAUAUAUUGUGAAUUUUUUUUCUUCUAAAAAACAACAAUAAAUAAAAAAAAAACUAUACAUCAAGUUCACCAACACAAACAUUAGUCAGUGCUCUUGGUCUCUCUCGUCUUGACGUUUGCAACCCUGUCUGUCAGUUACAGCAAAUACUUCUUAGAAAAAUUUCAAAAGGUUCAAAACUCAGCUGCUAGGCUAGCUCUACAGGCUAAAAAACACGCCAUCACGUCAAACCAUUACUUUAUUCACUUCAUUGGCUCCCUUUACAAGCGCGGAUUGACUACAAACUCUCUGUUCUCUGCCACAAUUUUUGCUCGAAUUCCUGCCGUUCCUUUCUAACGGAACUUCUCUCUGUCUAUUCACCCCUUCGACUGCUUCGCUCCUCCGCAGACGUGCGUAUUCUUUCUGUCCCCGCGACUCGCACAAAAACAUACGAUGAACGAUCGUUCUCUUCAUGUGCCCUUAAACAAUGGAAUUCUCUACCAUUACACAUGCGCAAUAUACCGACCAUCACAGUCUUCAAAACUGCACUCAAAACACAUCUCUUUAAACUCUACUAUCCUGACUGAACCCCCCCCCCCCACCUUUUUUUUCUGACCGACCAACAAUGCUGCUGCGUGCCGUCCAAGGCUUGAGAUAGUUCUGGAAUGGGUGGAGUGAAUACACAUUUGUUUUGUUUUAUUUAAUUAUUGGACGUUAAUUUUUAAGUUCAUGAUUAUGUUUGUUAAAUUGCAUGUACAGCGUGGUGAGCACAGCCCUAGGCUUGGGUACCACGUUAUUUAAAAUCACCAAUAAAAAAUAAAAACAAUAAAUAUAUUUAUGAGUUAUUCAAAUAAAUGACCUUGGUCAAUACCCGAAAGUAAUUAAAAAACAAAACAACGAUGCUAGAUGCUAAUUUUUAAAAAAAUGAAAAUGUCAAUACUAUCGUACACUACAUCCACAAAAUAUCUUACUUACGUUUUUUUAAUUUGAAAAUGAAAUACAUAUAAUAAUUGUUGAAUUAUAAAUCCAUUUUUGUACUCCAUGGGUUAAUGUUUCAUUUUUAGAAUAUUUAAAGUACCCAAGCGUUCAGAGAGCCAAAAGGUCCAAGCUAUGGGCAUAUUUCCUGGGGCAUCCGUGUCUCGUGGGCGUGACUGGAAAUGGGGUGGUCAAGAUGGUAGGUGACUUAACAAUAUGUCGAAGUGUUUAAUGAAACCAUGCACUUUCUUUAUACAAACUCAGAUUUAUCUUCAUUAGAAAAUAUAAAUAAAAGGAAUGCAUUCAAGCCUAGUAAAUGAAUGAAAUAGCAAAACGAGGUAUGUGGAAGCUUGAACUAGAGAACAGGACAAAAAACAAGGACGUUUCGGAAUAGAGCCUUCUUCAGCUAACAAUAGAAAUUAAAAUAUAACAAAGAACUGUGCACAGUAAACCACUCAAGAAGUAUCCAUUGGUGUCGCCGGUAGUGGGAACACAGGAAGCGCGAGAAUAUAAACAUUGGCACUGUGAAAAAUGAGGUCCACAAUAAUAAUGGACCAGAAUAUCCAGGGAUACAUAGACACACAGCAAUAAGAAAAAAUAGAUGAAAUUAUGUUCUCUAGUUCAAGCUUCCACAUACCUCGUUUUGCUAUUUCAUUCAUUUAUCCUUAUUAAGCCAUUUAAGCUAUAUAAUAAGGCUUGUUAUUUUUAAGAAAAUAUUAUGGGUUUUUUUAAUACUAAAAGGAAAUUAAUUAACUGGGAAAAUAAACGUUGUGUUAUAGGGUAUAUUUCCAUUAUUCACGUAGGUGGUGAGGGAAGCGUCGGUCGUGUCCUCUCCUUAGAAGAUACCGGAAAUUCCUCCUACAGAAGUUCAGCCUCUGUCCAGUGGCCGUCCGGCUCUAAAAACGUUUACCGUCUUGGGCACAGGGGAAACGUUGAUCUGAAAUGUACGAAGGCGACACCUGGAGGAUUUUACUACAGAAAUCACAUGCCCAUAUUUGG